AUGAAAUUAAUAAUCUUGAUUCAUAUUUGUACAAUAGUAAUAGGUGCAUAAUUUGAAUAGGGAUAUGUGUCUUCAGAAAAAAUCUUAGCCCAUAAAAUAUACAGAUAAGUAUUAUAAUAACUACUAUGAUAGGAUAUAAAAUUUAAUAAUAAUUUUGCUGAAAUUCCAAAAAUCGUUUUAAGUGUGAUUGGUUACCACUCUGAUUUCAAUACAUUAGACUUUUUUUCAAAAGUAACUGACAUUACUAAUGAGGGUAUUAUACUUUUAUUAUAAUUAAAGGAUUUUAGCUCUAAGUUAUAAGCGAUUCUGAUAUAAAUCAAAUUAGAUUUAACUACUUAGCAACAGAACAUCAGGAUGUUUAAACUAUUUGCAAUAAUAUUGAAGUUUAAAAGGAUUAAAUAGAUAUUAAAUUUAAUACUCCAUUUGAGGAAUAACCAUAAGUAGCAGCCUUUUUAACAGGAAUUCACAGAAUAAAUUAAGAUGAUAUAAUUUUAGAAAUAAAAUCAAUUGAUAAGAAUUAAGUUCAUUUAUCUACAAAAUCAAAGGCAGAAAGUUCCCUUGGUUUAUGUUUACUCAUAGGGCCUUAGAACUUAUUUAGUAAAAAGGAUUUAUCUAUUAUGCAAAUAUCUCAAUAAAUACCAAAUAAUUAGUUUUAUGGAAUUUCAUCUUUAAAAGGAGUAACCAAUGAUGGAAUUUCAUUAAGUUUAAAUUAAAAAUCUGUUGAAAAUUUGUUAGACAUUGUAAUGACAUUUGUAGAUAUUAAUACAGAACACAUAACCAAAUAAGAAGAGGAUAACAAUAAAAAUACGGUUACCUCAGUUUAUUCUUAAGAUAAGUUAAAUACUUAUGAAUAAUAAGAAAAACAAGCUGACAACUAAAUAAAAAUAAAUAAUCCUUUAAAUGAAUUGGAUUAAGGAUCUCAAAUAAAUUCUAUAUCUUUUAUAUAUCCAGAAUAAGAAGAUUAACUGUACAUUGAAAAUGAAGAACAAGAUCUAUAAUAGGUUUAAGAAAAUGUUUAAGAAGUUAUGACAAUUAGUGAAUCUUGGUUGUAGCAUGAUUUAUCAGUUCUAGAUUAAUCUGAAGAAUCUCUUGAUAGUAAUUAAGCUUAAAUUAAUGAGGGAUAGUAAUUUUUGACAAAUUUAAUUAAACCUCAAGACUAUAACACAAAUUNUACAAUAGUAAUAGGUGCAUAAUUUGAAUAGGGAUAUGUGUCUUCAGAAAAAAUCUUAGCCCAUAAAAUAUACAGAUAAGUAUUAUAAUAACUACUAUGAUAGGAUAUAAAAUUUAAUAAUAAUUUUGCUGAAAUUCCAAAAAUCGUUUUAAGUGUGAUUGGUUACCACUCUGAUUUCAAUACAUUAGACUUUUUUUCAAAAGUAACUGACAUUACUAAUGAGGGUAUUAUACUUUUAUUAUAAUUAAAGGAUUUUAGCUCUAAGUUAUAAGCGAUUCUGAUAUAAAUCAAAUUAGAUUUAACUACUUAGCAACAGAACAUCAGGAUGUUUAAACUAUUUGCAAUAAUAUUGAAGUUUAAAAGGAUUAAAUAGAUAUUAAAUUUAAUACUCCAUUUGAGGAAUAACCAUAAGUAGCAGCCUUUUUAACAGGAAUUCACAGAAUAAAUUAAGAUGAUAUAAUUUUAGAAAUAAAAUCAAUUGAUAAGAAUUAAGUUCAUUUAUCUACAAAAUCAAAGGCAGAAAGUUCCCUUGGUUUAUGUUUACUCAUAGGGCCUUAGAACUUAUUUAGUAAAAAGGAUUUAUCUAUUAUGCAAAUAUCUCAAUAAAUACCAAAUAAUUAGUUUUAUGGAAUUUCAUCUUUAAAAGGAGUAACCAAUGAUGGAAUUUCAUUAAGUUUAAAUUAAAAAUCUGUUGAAAAUUUGUUAGACAUUGUAAUGACAUUUGUAGAUAUUAAUACAGAACACAUAACCAAAUAAGAAGAGGAUAACAAUAAAAAUACGGUUACCUCAGUUUAUUCUUAAGAUAAGUUAAAUACUUAUGAAUAAUAAGAAAAACAAGCUGACAACUAAAUAAAAAUAAAUAAUCCUUUAAAUGAAUUGGAUUAAGGAUCUCAAAUAAAUUCUAUAUCUUUUAUAUAUCCAGAAUAAGAAGAUUAACUGUACAUUGAAAAUGAAGAACAAGAUCUAUAAUAGGUUUAAGAAAAUGUUUAAGAAGUUAUGACAAUUAGUGAAUCUUGGUUGUAGCAUGAUUUAUCAGUUCUAGAUUAAUCUGAAGAAUCUCUUGAUAGUAAUUAAGCUUAAAUUAAUGAGGGAUAGUAAUUUUUGACAAAUUUAAUUAAACCUCAAGACUAUAACACAAAUUCUAUGGAAUAAGAAGACUUUUAAUCUUAAAAUAUAUAACCUAUGAAUAUUGCAAUAGUUGACAGUACUUAAAAAAUUAUUAAUGAAAACUAAAAGAAAGUUAUAAAUAAUUAAGAAUUGAAUUAUGACAACUCAUUAACUAUGGAUUCAACUCUAGAUUAUGAUAUUGAAACUAAAAUUGAAAAUUAAAUUGAAGAAUAGAUUGAUUCUGCAUAAUAACAAAAUGUUGUUGAAAAUCUGUAAGAUUAAAUUAUAGAAAUGUAAUAAGAAAUGUUAAAUUUCUAAUAGAAUUCUGAAAGUAAUGUUUCAUCUGAAUUAGAUCCAUUCAAAAUAAUCUAAUCACAAUAAUUUAUAGUUGAAUAAUAAAAAUAAUUGGUUGAAUAAUAAUAAUAAAUCAUUCUUCAAUAUUAAAGAUUAUUUGAAGAAUAGAUUAAGACAAUAUCUGAAAAAUAAACCAAUAAUUAAUUAGAUUAAUAAGCAGAUUAAAAUUAAAAUUAAAUUGAAGAUUCAAAGCAAUAGUAAUUGUAAAGUAACACAAGUUAAAACUAGAGUACAUAAUAAAAUCUAAAACCAUUAUAGAUUGACUAAAAUUAAGAAGAAACUCAGAUUUAAGAUUAAUUUGAUUAAAAUAGUAAAGAUUAAAAAUAUGAUUUAAAAGAUAUUCCAAGCUUAAAAUUAGAAAGUUAAAGUCAUUUAGAAAAAGAUUUGGAAUCAUUUAAUAGAGUUAAAAAAAGAAAAGAUGAAAUUGAUGAAUAAAAAGCUAAUAAAUUAUUAUAAGUAUUUACUGAAGAUUUAUAUAAUGAUAAAAAAUUAGAAGUUGAACUUAAUGAUGUGGUAUAAAUAAAAUAAUCUAAUGAAAUAUCAUCAAAUUUAGAUAGUGAGAUUAACUCCAUAGUGACAAAUAAGAGAGUAGAGUUUAGCAAUAUAUAAAAAAACAUGAAAAGUAAUCAUUUUCAUUAUUUUUUUAUAGCCUCAUAUUUUUAAGAUAUUAAUAAUUAAUUUGAAAAUUUAAAUUAAGAGUAAAUAAGAGAAGCAAUACUUCCAUAAGAAUAUGAAAUGGAAUAAGCAUACUUCGAUUUGUCAUUAGAUUAAGGAUUUAUUGAAACUAAAAAUGAUCAAUUAAUUCGUUAAGAGUUAGUCCAAAAAUCAAUAUCAUAAAGUUAACAGAGUUAAGAAGAAUUGUAAUAGAAAAUUGAAGAUUUAUUGGAAUUAGAAAAUAAAGAUUCGCAUCACAGUGAUACUAUAUUUUCUGAUUUUCACUCAUUCUUUUAGAUAAAUUAAUAAAUUACAAACAAUUUAAGGAAAAGAUAAUUAUUAAAUGUUUGA